AUGCUGUCCCGACAAGCCUUCCGCGCCGUCCGAGCUGCAGCUCCCCAGCGGACGUUUGCCCGGUCCGCCGUGCGCAGCUACGCCGCCGCCGCCCAGCAGGACGUCAAGCCCCCGAUCGCUGUCUACGGCCUCGAUGGCACCUAUGCCACUGCUCUGUACACUGCCGCUGUCAAGUCGUCCUCCCUCGACCCGACCGCCAAGGCCCUCAGCGCUUUGAACGACGUUGUCACCAAGGACCCCAAGCUGUCCACCAUUCUGAGCACACCCACCUUGACCGAUGCCGACAAGAGCGCCAUCGUCUCCGAGCUGCAGAAGUCCCUGGGCGCCUCGGGCUCUAGCGAGACCAUCAAGAACUUCCUGACCACCCUCGCCGAGUACAACCGAUUGAGCAUCCUCAAGGGUGUCUGCGACAAGUUUGGCGAGCUGAUGAGCGCCUCCCGCGGCGAGGUCGAGAUGAUUGUCACCAGCGCCACGCAAUUGGACAACAGGACUCUGGGCCGCCUCGAGACUGCCGUUACCAAGUCCGCCUACGUUGGCCAGGGCAAGAAGCUCAAGGUCACCAACACUGUGAACCCGGACAUCGUUGGUGGACUCGUCGUUGAGAUCGGCGACCGAACCAUCGAUCUCUCUGUCUCGUCCAAGAUCGCCAAGAUGAACAAGCUCCUGACCGACACUCUGUAA